AUGGCGCGUCGUUUCCACACGAAAGAUGACGAUGUUGAGAGCGAACAGUCGACGCCCGGCUCCGUCUCUUUGGCUGGUAUCAUCAAACUCCAGCCCAAUCGCAAGAAAUCUUCUAGUGCAUUCACAGCUUCUCCAAUGGAGUCGCCCUACCUCCGGUCAAUUAGGCCUACCAAAGCUUCGCCGAUACCAGAGCACCAGGGAGUGCUGACCAACCGAACAAAUAUCUUGGGAACCCCGACUGGAAUUUCACGAGCAAGAGGCAACGAAGUUGGUCCCGAUGUCUUACAGGCUUUUGGUGACGACCGUUAUGAACAGCUUUUUGGGAAGCUACCCGAUCCGAUUCGCCUGCAUGAAGAAAUGGGUGAGUUCGAUGGGCAGGUUGUCUUUAUCGGUCACCCGAACAGAGAUGUCUCGGCACACCAAUGGUCAUCCACAUCGUUUCAAUGGGUGAAUAUUGGACGUUACGCUCACUUUCGCGGUCCCUUGAAAAUCUUCAAACUUGCUGCCGAGAGCCGAGAGAAGCUCAUCGUGGAGAGUGGCCGACCGAAAGAAGUACCAAUUGGAGUCCUUCGAUCAGCUCCUGUCGAUGUCACUCGGAUGGAGUCACCGUCAACCGCUUCUAGCCUGAUCUACGAAGGGUUACCGGUCUUUACAAAAGGCAGUGAUCCUUCUGGAUUUCUCACCCUCGAGGAGACUAAGUCAAUGACACCGAUAACACUGCACGCCACGAUCAAAGGUGAAUGCUUAGAAGAUCCUUUCAUUGCACCCGUCAGGCCCUCAUCCUCGAAAAUUAGUUCUGGUCUUCGAUCUCGAGGUGACAAAAUUGAUCCAAAGGGCUCGCUGGAUUUUGAAUAUGAAUUUCCCUUCAGAUCGAUUACUUCAGCUACACCAGGAUCAGAUGGUGCUAUUGAGUCUACUUCUCAAGAGCUUAUUGUGGAGGGAGGGAGAAGCCAUGACGACACAACCUAUGGCGACACAAUUUUACCGGGUCGCCUAUCACAGCCAGCCCUCCGGGACAUCGAUUUUGGGGAAGAUGCAGCGAGCAACCUUGUAGUACCAGCUGGACACGGCUUUCGCCCACGAAAGACCCCUCCUCCCUCUUCCCCAGAAGAUAUUCGGAAUCGUCGAAAGCUUCGAAGUAGGUUGGCCGAGCUUGGUGCUUCAGCAAUACGACCGGGCGCCCUGGAACAAGGACGAAUUGCAACUCCAAAUUACGCAUAUAUUCAACCUACAGCUCGAUCUCUGUUCCCUCCUCCGGGACUUACGGUCGCUAAUCCGCAUAGACUCGUCUCAAGUCUGAAUGCCUCUGCUCCCAUCUAUGCUAACAUACAAGGGACAAUCACAGGAUCGGAGGCUUCUGGCUCAGAAGCGACAGCUAUCAACGCCACGGCUGCUGCAGCACUUAAAUUCAGCGACCCAGAUGGCCUGAGACAGACACAAGACUACGAGAUAGCGAAUGGAUUAGGGCAACAAGCACCCACUGUGCAGUGUUUCAAGGGCCCAUUCUUCACGGAUUCAAAGCCGACCACUAGCGAUCCCACUGUUUCGCUUUCCGUCCAUAUUAGCGAAGAAGAGAAGCUGGUGAACUGGUUUCGGGAUGGACAUCGUCCCUCUCGACAGCAAGAGUAUGCCAAAACCUUGAUAUCCGCUGCAGCGCCAAGCAGUAGGGGUAGAAGUUUCGGGGUCAUUGGUGAAUGUUUAGAUGCACAAAAGGAUGGAUCUUACGAGAACACGCCGCCAUUUGUUCGUCUAUAUGAAGGCCUAUCCGAGUACAUCGAGGAAUACCGCAAUGGUAGUGGUCGGUCUUACUUCACACGUUCUUGGAAAGCUGCACCGCCGCAACUGCGAGAAUUAGGCCCGGAUGGCAACAAUAGUUACUUCAACAGACCUACUGCUUUUCAAUUGGCUCAACCUCGAUACUAG